ACACAAAACUUCAAAACCGGCAUACCAUUUGAUCUUGAUUAACAUGCCGAUAUACUCAUCUUCUGUUCCCGAAGAAUCUAACGAUUGUAACAGUCUAAACGGUAAAUUGUUUGGACGUGAACAACCGUUACAUUCCGUACUUGGCGGAGGACAAGUCGCGGAUAUAAUUUUAUGGAGAAAUAAAAGCUUGUCUGCGGCAAUUAUGCUAGGGUUUACGACGAUAUGGUUUCUCUUUGAAGUCCUCGAAUACACCUUUGUUUCUGUUGUUUUUUACAGCAUGAUCCUUGGCAUUUUGAUGGUUUUUAUCGGAAGGAUUGUGAUGUCGGCUCUCUUGCCCUUUUACAGGAACUCGACAGACCUUACCGAUGAGAAAAAGUUGUACAUAGCUCUGGCUUAUCUGUUCCUGGGAGCUCCCCUUCUUAUAAGGAAUUUCUUGGUGACCGAGUUGGCAUUGUUGAUGACUUCGGUUAUCGUAAACCAUUUCAGCCCGUUAAAUCUCUUGUUUUUCUGUGUUAUUUGCCUUGGGACUUUACCGGUAUUUUACGAGAAGUGUGAGAAGGAGGUCGAUUUUCUGAUCAACAAAGGGAUGAAAUAUGCGACAAAGAAGUUAAAGAACUUUGAAAAAUAUGUUAAGGAAAAGAAAGCAAAUUAGUGUUAAGUAUUGGCAGUGGCGGAACUAGAACAUCAACUCAGGGGUAUCCCAAAAAAAAAAAUUUAUCAUGUAAUCAUACAAUAUUAAAAAAACAUGCCGCCCAAUUGCCCAAAUCAAUAAUCAUUCAAUUUUGGGCUAAUAUUUACUUAUUUGGGCUUAGCAAAUGUGUAUUAUUUACUUAUUUGGGCUUACCUAAUGUGUUAUUAUUUACUUAUUUGGGCUUA